UUUCUUUCCUGCUGCCUCUUGACUGUAUUUCACAGAUGAGAUUAGAGAGCGCCAGGAGGGAAUAUUUAGUGUUGUGCCUUACUGACAAGCCCUUUACUCAUCCGAGUCAAUUUGAAUCGGUUUUGGUCGAGAGUAGUCAGGAGUAGUCAGGUGUCCCAGUCGAAACAAGUUAUUUUUUAAGUUAACAUCACUUCUCCUUUUGUCAGGUGCUACUCCUUUUUAUUAAAAGACAUAAUCGUAUACUCUUCGGGAACAGUUUUCACUCUUAUCAUGUGAGCUGAGUUUUGGAAACUUGAGAAUCUGACAAAAAAUCGAGAAUAGCUCACGGACUCUUACGUGCGAAACGGUGCUGAAAAAAAUUGGGAAUUGGUACUUCAUUGGCGUGCUGAGGAAAUAAGGCACUGCGUAAAACACAGUUUUGGAAACAUUCAAUACUGAAUCCUGAGAUGUCAGGGAACAUGGCACAGCAGUGGAGAUUUGAAGACUUUGUUGUGAUCCUGAUGUGGAUGUUGUUUCUAACAGUCAUUGAAGGAGUCAGAUCGGACUCUCUCAAACAGUCCGACUCAUUCUGUGUAUUUCAAGAGAAGAAAUACAAAGUAGGAGAGAGAUGGCACCCUUAUUUGGAGCCUUAUGGAUUUGUGUACUGUAUUAACUGUCUUUGCGCUGAGAGUGGCAAUGUGCUGUGUAAUCGUGUGAAAUGCCCACCUCUUCAGUGUGCAAGUCCAGUGCCAGUUCCUCAACAAUGCUGUCACCGAUGCCCUGAAGCUUCUCCAGCUCCACUGGUGACCAAAGUGAGUGGGAAGCCCUGUGACUACAAUGGAGUGACCUACCAGCAUGGGGAGGUCUUUGUGGCUGAGGGUCUGUUCCCAAAUCGGCAGGCCAACCAGUGCUCGCAGUGUAGCUGUUCGGAAGGCAAUGUGUACUGCAGGCUCAGGACCUGCCCAAAGCUGACCUGUUCUCUCCCCAUCUCUGUUCCUGACUCCUGCUGCCCAGUUUGUAAAGGUGAUGGGGAUUCCUCAUGGGACCAGUCUGAUGGAGAUGCAUUUCGACAACCAGCAAACAGAGAAGCAAGGCACUCCUAUCACCGUCCUCAGUAUGAACUGCUGCCUGUGAAGUCCCUGUCCAAUCUGCCUCGCCUGCCUAGCUUCAGGGCUCACAGGGGGCUGAUGUCAGACACCCAGCAGACAUCUGGAACUAUUGUUCAGAUUGUCAUCAACAACAAAAACAAGCACAACAGAGUGUGUGUUUCCAAUGGGAAGACAUACUCUCAUGGAGAAUCUUGGCACCCGGUCCUACGGUCCUUUGGUGUCAUGGAGUGUGUCCUGUGUACCUGUAAUGUAACAAGACAGGAGUGCAGAAAACUUCACUGCCCAGACCUGUAUCCCUGCAAAUACCCCCAAAAGAUUGAUGGCAAGUGCUGCAAGGUUUGUCAAGAUGAUGAGAUCACACUCAAGAGAGAUGAAAGCAAUGAGUAUUUCUGUGGUGAAGAGACCCUUCCAGUGUAUGAAGCUUUGGUAACUGAGGAAGGAAGUACCAUGAGAAAAAUUGCACUGGAGACAGAGCAGCCACCUGAGGUAGAACUACAUAUAUGGACAAUUGUUAAAGGUCUUCUGCAUAAUUUUCACAUUGAGAAGAUUUCAAAAAAAGAUUUCCACAAACAGAGUGACUUCAAGCCCUUGACGAAGACCACACAAAGCCGCUGGAAGAUUUUCCGUGAAGGGGAGGCUCAGAUCAGUCAGAUGUGCACCUUGCGUACCUGCCGGACUGAACUAGAGGACCUGGUGAAGGUCUUGUUCCUGGACAAGCCAGAGAAAGGACACUGCUAAGAGUGGAAACCUCAGCUCCCACAGACGCAGAGCGUCAGCAGUAGUGACAGAUCCCUGCUAUUGGCUGGACUGUGUGGCUUGUUGAGGACUUGUACAGAGCCUGUAACCAAAUAAAGGUAACAAAAAAUGUUAUUUGAAGUGCAUGACAAAUGGAGAUUCAUAGAAAACGGAACUUGAUUGUGCCCUGUAUUUGAACACUUUUGCUUUUGUUUUCAUGCAAAGGUAUUUUGAACUCUCCAGCUGCUGAAGACAUUUUUAGUUACAGUCAUCAGUUCCGUACAUAGUCAUGUAAAAGCACCACUUGCUUAUGUAGUUAAAGUGUCUUUCCAAUUCAGGAAGAAAUGAUUUCAUUUGUAAGCUUUAUUAUUCUAAUUGAAACUGAAAAGAUAAAUGUCAUCUUGCCAGCAUUCUCAAAACCAGUUUAGAAAUACGUAUAGAUGGAAAAGAAUGAGAGAUAAGUAUUACUGCUCAGCUCUUGAUCCUGCAUGUAUGAUACUACCCUGCAUUUUGGGUAGUGAGGAAACGUUAAAAUGUUGAUUAUAACCCAUUACUGAUUCACAAAGCCAGUUGAUUUCAAAGUACAGUAGAUCUAAAUGUUUUCAGCAAGUGGAAGAUACUUUAAAACUAAGUCUUCAGAAGUUAUCACCUGAAAAAAUAUUGUUACUUAGCAUCAGUAUGAUGAUGUACAGAUAGCAAAAUGUUUGUGUUUUUACAGCAUGGUCAUCUUUAACAUUGAUAAAAUGCCUUGUUACUCUCAUUACAUUUCAUAAAAAUCUAAAUAACCCAAGAAUGGUAUCUGGUUAGAGAAGACUGUCAUAGAUGUGGUUCAGCAAUCCGUCCCAGGUUUGUUGUUAGACCCUAUGCAAGGCGGUAGAAUCUGGACAGAGACAGGAGUCGGACUUCAGGGAAGACACACAAGGGUUUAUUAGUGAUGUUAGUGAAUAGUGACAGUACGUGAACAGGUGCACAAGGAAAUAAUCAAAGGCAACCAAGUCCAGGCAGGUCCACAGGAAGGUCAGAGCAUAGUCCAAAACCCCGAUAUCCAGAGAUCCAUCCUGAGACAAGAACAAGGCUAAAAUCCCCGGGAAGGGGGAACACAAACACAGAACAUUGAGGGAUCAUGGGGUGACAUCCUCCAGACCCCGGGCUCAGAGAUCAGGGAUGUCGGGGAUGAGGCCUAUGCCCUCAGGCAAGCCAUAGCCUGGUAGUAGGUGGGCCUCUAGACAUCCACAGUUUAUUGCUGAGCCCUGAGCCCUGGAGGCACUGGGGUUAUAUAGGGAAAAACAAACAAGACACACCAGGAGAACAUACAAACAAUCACAGAAUUAAUUACAAGAGAGUAGUGGAGGGCCCUUCUAGAGGAGGGAUGUCAACCAUAAUAGAGACUAUUGGACUAAUCCAGUUUAUUUAGGCAUCCCACAACCCUUUGUGUAAAAUAAAUGUAUGUUGUUCCUAGUUUUAAACUUACCUCAUCACUAUUUCCUUUUUGAUUCCUCUGGUCAGUGUUUCACCCUGAAACAAUCUAUUCUCUUGACUUUUUCUGUGUUUUAUAGACUGUUAAACAUCUGCAUCAUGUUCUUUUGUCAUCUUCUUCAUUCAGAACGAAAUAAUUUGUUUAUUUUCAUUAAUAACCUCUGUGUAAAUCAUUUUGAUUCCAGAAAUGAAGAGACUCAGUCAUCUUUGGAUCUAUUCCAAAGAAGCAGUAAUAUGUACAGUAUAAUGUGGCAAUUAAAAUCAAAUACAUUUUAGGUAAGGUAUUACUAAUGAAUUGAUUACUUUACUUUACAUAACAUUAAAUCUAGCAAUCUCUUUCAUGUUCUUUCCCAAACUGAUGUACAGUAUAGGGGAUAGUGAGGAGUCAACAUAAACACCCGAAUCCACUUCACAGAUUCUUCAGUACGCCCCCUGUUACAUUUAUAAUAGAGGCUUAUGACACCUUCUGUUGCAUUCAUUUUAGCUUUCCAUUGUCACCCUGGUCCUCAGUAGCUUUUAUUUUGUAACUCCCUGUUUUUUUCAGCCUUUGCUCUACAGUGGUUGCUCUACAGACACCCCUUUUAUUCAUCGGAUACCUGUUUGCUGGCUGUACCAUGAUCUACAGUAGAUCAUUAAUAUAAAUCAGAAACUGGACCUGAAACCCUAAAAUGGGGGCAUAUUGAUUUUUCUAGAAUUGGCAAAAUGAUGUGGGACAAAAUACUAGAAAAAUGCAGUCAAUAUUGGACACAUUUGGAAAGUAUGGGAAAAAUAAUAACAAAAAUAAACUUUUUAAUAAUAAUCCACAAGUAGACUUAAUGUUUUCUUGAAUAACAAUAGCCUCUUUUAUUUUGCUGGGCUUUGAUGCUUUAAUAGUAAGUAGGCUGUAUUGUAAUUUUUGUUUUUGUAUCUAAGAGUGAGCUGAACUUGCCACUGUUUCUUUGUUUCUCUUGGCAGAGCAAUGAUAUAACACAAAACAAUGGAAUUACAGCAAAUAAUGUAAUAAUGCUUUUUUAUUGCAUCCAUUAGCAGGUCUCUUAUUUGUGCAGAAUACUUUAUUUAAAUUGUGAUUUAGUGCUGCUUAAUAAGCAAGGGCAUAUGAGUAUACUGGUGAAACUGUCCGAUUGCAUUCCAGACACAUAGCAUGUGGCUGUUCUACUAAAUUGGUAUCUUAAUCCUUUGCUGAAGAGUAUAAAAGUCAGACUAUGGUGCACUAAGCUUUUACUGUUUCUGGGUUGUUGUUUUUUUUGCUACAAAAAGUGUCCCAUAUUUACUAAAGCUACAAAAGCAUUGUACUGGAUUACAGGUGAAGGAUCCAAUGUUACAUAUGCUGUAAAUAAAAGAUCUUUAAUGAGUAAAGCAUUUAGCCAGGGAAAAUAUCUAUGCAGCCAUUAAAGGCAAACCAAAGCAUGACUGUAGUUUGUAAAUGUUUUAUUUUUGUCAUUGUUACCUUUCUAGGGCAUGCUGUGUUUUGCAUCAAUGAUGUAUUUUUAAAUUAUCCUUCUAAUAUUCUGUACUUCUGUUGUUUGAUUUUUUAUGUUAAAUGGAAAAG